AAUAAACAUUGACCUCAAUUCACUCCAGUAGUUUGCUGUGGCAUUGGUCUUGUACUCCAUCGCAAGAUCCAACACCUUCGCUCGCACCCCCUCGACAACGACAGUAGAUACAGGUACAGCAGCUGGUUCUGCGAUUGCGACAUUGACCGCCCCAGAAAGCCCCCUCGACACAAACUUUCAACAUGAAGGCUUUAAUCCUCGUCGGCGGUUUUGGUACUCGCCUGCGACCUCUCACCCUCACGCUCCCCAAGCCCCUGGUGGAGUUUGGAAACCGACCCAUGAUCCUCCACCAGAUCGAAGCGCUUGCCGCAGCGGGUGUAACCGACAUCGUGCUUGCGGUCAACUACCGGCCGGAGAUGAUGACAGCGGCGCUGAAGAAGUACGAGCAGGAAUACGGCGUGCGCAUUGAAUACUCGGUCGAGACGGAGCCAUUGGGCACUGCGGGACCGUUGAAGCUUGCGGAGCGCAUUCUGGGCAAGGAUGACACACCAUUCUUCGUUCUCAACUCAGAUGUCAUUUGCGAGUACCCUUUCAACGACCUCGCUGCAUUCCACAAGCAGCACGGCCAGGAAGGGACCAUCGUGGUGACUAAGGUUGAAGAGCCUUCCAAGUAUGGUGUGAUUGUGCACAAGCCAGACCAUCCAUCGCGCAUCGAUCGAUUCGUCGAGAAGCCAGUCGAGUUCGUCGGCAACCGUAUCAAUGCCGGUCUCUACAUCUUGAACCCGUCAAUCCUCAGGCGCAUCGAGCUCCGACCCACCUCGAUCGAACAGGAGACUUUCCCCGCCAUGGUCAAGGAUGGCGAGCUGCACUCAUUCGAUCUUGACGGCUUCUGGAUGGAUGUUGGUCAGCCCAAGGACUUCCUCAGCGGGACCUGCCUCUACCUCUCCUCUCUCACCAAGAAGGGCAGCAAACUGCUCACGCCUACCUCGGAGCCCUACGUGCACGGCGGAAACGUAAUGAUCGACCCGUCCGCCAAGAUCGGCAAGAACUGCAAAAUUGGUCCCAACGUUGUCAUUGGACCGAACGUAGUCAUUGGAGAUGGCGUGCGCAUUCAAAGAAGUGUGCUCCUGCAGGGCAGCAAGGUCAAGGAGCACGCAUGGAUCAAGAGCACGAUCGUUGGCUGGAACAGCACAAUCGGCCGAUGGGCACGCAUGGAAAACGUGUCAGUACUAGGAGACGACGUUUCCAUUGGUGAUGAGAUCUACUGCAACGGCGCAUCCGUGCUGCCACACAAGAGCAUUAAAGCCAACGUUGAGACUCCUGCGAUCAUCAUGUAGAAAAAUUCCCACGUCCGCGUCCGGUAUUCGUUCUCCCGCAAGCGUUCGAUCUUCACUCCGUUCCGUUUCGAAACCCCCCACCCCAGCAAGGGAAAUUUUUCUGUCGCAGCGUCAAAAGCCAAGUGAAACGGCACAAGAUACAUAAAGCAAGGGAGAGACAGAGAGAGAGGGGGGGAGAGAGAAAGAGAUGUGCAUUGGCGUUAUCCUUUUUGUUUUUUUGGUGUUUAGAAGGCGUCAAGCAUAGUGACGGGCUUAAGUUAGUAUUACAUCGUAGCCCAACCACGCCCAUGCGUCGUGGUGUGAUGGAUGGACUCUUGCAGCGAAUUGAAAAGCAGCCGAGGUGAGAGAGAGAGGAAGAAGCCAAAAAAAAAGCAUUAGAUUUUUUACUGUAAUCUCGUCCAAAGAUCAUGUCAUGUCGUC